GUCAAAACUUAAAGCAUUCUACAAAAAAUUGAACACUCAAGCACUGUUGAACCAGUGUGCAGUAUAUGAUAUACAAUGUCGAGUGUAGGAAAAAUAUAAUAGAAAAGCCUCAGCGGGAUGCCAGUCGGCUAGCCAGCCAACCAGGAGGCGAGCCCAGGCGCUGUUGCAACAAUAAAACCACAGAAUAUGUUGGCAACUGGCAAAGCAGAUGGGUCGCCGAGAGAGCGGGAGAGCAAUAGCCCAUUGCUAUGGACACUGAAACCAGCAGCAGCAGCAAAAACAACAACAACAACAACCACCAGAGCAUAAGCAUAAGGGUGCAGAUUCGAAUUUGACUCUCUGCAGCAGCAGUCGAAACAGACUCUGGCGGGGAGUCCAAACAGAAUCGGGACAGAUGUGCGAGUGCCGCGAGUGAGCGGAGAGUUUUGCUUUGAAUGGGACAAUAUGAAAAUUCCAAGUGGACUCGCUGCACCGGUGGUGGCAAUGUGGCGAGUACUUAAAGAGGAACAGAUUGCGUGCGGGCAGCAGUCGAAAACAGAGCUUCGAAUCGAACGGUGCCACAGAAACCACCAGCAUCCAUUUGUUGACAAGUGCAUAAAAGCUUAGAGAGCCAGAGACUACGCUAAAAAUAUCACAAGUGUCCGAUUCCAGUGUGCGAUGAACUUGCUCAUGGAUAGCCUGCCGUCGCAUGCGAAUCCCGCCGUGCGUCGCACAACGCCGCCGCAACAGCAGACCGAGCUGCGCAUCUCCACCAGCCCCACAGCAACAACAGCAACAAUGACACAGCAGCAACAGCAACAUCAGCAACACGCCAACAACAACAUUAACAACAACAACAACAAUGAAACGCCCAGCGUUAAGACGACACUGAAGCGCUCCUUUGAUGUGGCCUUUCUGAUGAUGCCCGAUGAACGCAUCAAACAGAAGCAGGCCGAGAAACAGGCACGCCUGCAGGAGGCACUGCAGCAACAGCAGCCGCUGCAGUUGCAUCACUUUCCCACAGAUCUGUCGCCGCGUGCCGCCGCAUCACAGCCGCCCUCGCCGGCGGCCCUGGAGUAUAUUAGUCUGCUGGAGGCGCGCCAACGCUAUCCACAGCUGAUGAUGCGCUCGCCGCGCGUCUAUGAUGAUCCCACGCUGGUCAUACCGCUGGUGGACUCGCCAGAGGCAACAGUGUCGCCGCCGCCGCAGCCGUUGCGCAGCGCCUUCACCAAGGUGGCCUCCUCGCUGUCCAGCUCCUCGUCGCCCUCAACGGUUUCGCGGCUGGAGUCGCCGGUGGAUGUGAGUGCGCCACCUCUUAGCCCGGAUCAGUUGAGCUGUCAUUCCAUGAGUCCACCUGUGGUGGCCACGCCCCCACCGCGCACUAGCAGCGGCGGCGGCGGUGGAGGUGGCGGCAACAAUACAACAGCUCCCAACACUUUACCCAACGGCAUGCCCAGCAAUCCCAUCAUGUAUCACAGCUUUCGGCCCGAGUAUCAGUUCAAUGGCGCCUUUCAGGCCGUGAAUCCCAUGCAGGCGCUCCAGGCACAGCAGAGACUCAAACAGCAGCUGCUCUACAGGCCGCCCAUGGCGCCCAAUGGCCACAGCCCGAAUGGCUGCUCAUCGAAUCCCUCGUCGCCGCCAACGGGUCCGCCACCGGAGUUCCUGCACGCCGCUUACCCAGGCUUUGGUCAUCCUCCGCAUCCCUUUGCGGUGGCUCAGCCACUGCAGAAUCCCGCAGCAGCUGCGAUUCUCUCCACGCUCAUACCACCGACGCUGGCCUCCACCUUCACGCUGACCGCACAGAAUGUGUGCGCCAAGUGCAACAUUAGCUUCCGCAUGACCAGCGAUCUGGUCUACCACAUGCGCUCCCACCACAAGAGCGAGGUGGCCUGCGAUCCGAAUCGGCGCAAGCGCGAGGAGAAGCUGCGGUGUCCCGUCUGCCAGGAGACAUUUCGCGAGCGGCAUCAUCUCACCCGGCACAUGACCGCGCAUCAGGACAAGGCCAGCGAUCAUCAGCCAACGCCGGAGGAGUCCAACAACGACAAUGAGAUUAUCAAUGUGGUUGGCGGCACGCCGCCCGGACGCAGAUCUGGCGGUGGCUCCAAAUGAUCCAAACAUUUCUUCGGAUACUUUUAAGCUGCUGCGUGUUUUGUUAGUCUAGUCCGUAACAGUCCUCCCCCCGCCCUGCCCCACACCCAAAAAUGUUUCUCCAUUGUGAUAUUAAGUUUAGUUCAAGCCCAAUUUAAGUUUCACCAUUAGCCAUAAAUAUAGUGCAAUUCUCAUCUAUCUAAAAUAUCUGGUUAUUCCCCACCCGAUUAGCUCUUGAGCUGUCGCGAUUUAUCUUUGUAAAAUACUAGACCUAAGUUUAAUGCUCCAACAAUUUAACAUUUGAUGUGUGACUUAAUGUUUAAAUAAAUAUCUGAUUGUUAUUAAAAGCAAA